AUUGUCACUGGGGAAAUAUAUAUGAUUUUUCUUUCAUUAUUACAAAUAGACAUUUGAAUAAUUGAAGCAAGAAACUGUGUAAAUAUAACACCGAGUAUUCCUAAGUAUUGUAAGCUUUAAUAUGACUUUAUGAAAUUAACAGUAAAUUGAGUGUUGCAUAUGCAAGUAUGGAUACUGAGCAAUGCCCAAAGAAGUCGAAACUUGAAGAGAUUCCCACUGUAAACGAGGGAAAAGCACAGAUAUUGGUAACGAAUGAAAAGGUGUUUUAUAAUCCAGUUCAAGAAUUUAAUAGGGAUCUCAGUAUAGCGGUACUAAUGAUAUUUGCCAAGGACUAUAACGAAGAAGUGCUGCGGAGAAACAAAUUAGAGAAAGACGAUAAAAUCAGUGUAUCACAUAAUGCAGAAAACCAGAGGGGAAUUACUAUAUUGGAAGCUUUAUCUGCGACUGGUUUGCGUAGCAUACGAUAUGCCAAGGAAGUGGAGGGUGUCCAGCAGAUUGUUGCGAAUGACAUUUCUGCGAAGGCGGUAGAUAGCAUCAGGCAGAAUGUUUUACAUAACGGAGUUGAAAAUUUGGUAAUUCCAUAUCAUGAGGAUGCGACGUUGUUGAUGUAUCAACGCAGAAGAAAUCGCUUCGACGCGGUCGAUUUAGAUCCUUAUGGUUGUCCCUCGAUGUACCUGGAUGGAGCGGUGCAGUGUGUGUCCGAUGGUGGCAUACUUCUGGUUACUGCUACUGAUGUGGCUAUUCUGGCUGGCAAUGUUCCGGAAACUUGUUACUAUAAAUAUGGAGCAAUAUCCAUAAAGUCGAAAUCUUGCCAUGAGAUAGCAUUGAGAAUAUUACUGCAAUGCAUCGCGUCCUAUGCAGGACGUUACGGACGGUACAUAGUACCAUUAUUAUCUAUAAGUGUUGAUUUUUAUAUAAGAGUAUUUGUCAAGGUCUUCACAAGUCAUGAUAAGUGCAAAGAGAAUUCCAAUAAGAUAGGAAUGCUCUAUCAAUGUAACGGAUGCGAGAGUAUGAAUUUUCAAUCAUUAGUGGUGAGGAAGGCUGCCAAGAAUUACAAAUUACCAAGUGCACCCGUAAUAGAUCAAUUGUGUAAACAUUGUCAACACAGGCAACACAUGGGUGGUCCAAUAUGGCUAGGUCCUUUACACGAUCACGGAUUUGUGUCGCAAUUAUUAUGCAACUUGAAUAGCAUGGAGUUGGGUACAUCGAAAAGAAUGGAAGGUGUCCUGACCGUGAUACAUGAAGAAUUAGACAUUCCUUUGUAUUAUAAUCUAGAUCGUUUGAUGUCUAUAGUUAGGUGUCAUGUUCCACCAAUGUUGAUGUUCAGGUCAGCAUUAUUAAACGCGGGAUACAAGGUAUCGUAUUCGCAUGCAAGUAAAAUUUCUAUCAAAACGGAUGCGCCAAAUGAUGUUAUAUGGGAUAUUGUGCGUGCCUGGGAGAAAAAACACCCUGUAAAACGGGAGAAACUGACUGAGGAUAGUCCAGCUGCGCGAAUACUUAAUGCAUCAUCCACGAUGGAUAUCUCUCUCACUAUGCAUCCUCUUGCCAAUCCAAUUUCUCGGCAAAGGCAUUUGUCUCGCUUUCAACAGAACCCUACUGCAAAUUGGGGACCUGGCAUCCGCUCGAGAACUAGAGUUGAUCUUGAAAAUAAAGCAAAUGAUUCGAAAAAAGUGAGAAAUCAAAAUAAAAACAAAAAAAAAUUAGCGAUAGUGGAACAGCACAUGGUACAACAAUGAA